CCUAUCGAUCCCUAAAAACAAACGCACACAAACCUGCCUCUGGGAGGGAAAUAGCCAGGUGAAAUCGCACUCUGUUUCCAUGGACAACCCGUCCAUUAUCACCCAGGUGACUAACCCCAAAGAGGAGGAAAUACUGUCCUGCACUCAGGAUAAAGUGUCCCAAUGUAAUAUCAGCUUGAAGAAGCAAAGAAGUCGAAGUAUCUUUAGCACCUUAUUCUGCUGUUUUCGUGACUACAAUGUGGAACCACCAUCCACCAAUAGCACUAGUACUCUUCCUCCAUUGGUGGAGGAGAAUGGAGGACUUCAGAAGGGUGACCAGAUGCAGGUCAUUCCCAUACCAAGUCCACCAGCUAAAUACCUCCUGCCAGAACUGACAGUAUUGGACUAUGGGAAGAAAUGUGUGGUCAUCGAUUUAGAUGAAACAUUAGUACACAGUUCAUUUAAGCCAAUUAGUAAUGCUGACUUCAUUGUUCCUGUUGAAAUUGAUGGAACCAUACAUCAGGUCUAUGUAUUGAAACGACCACAUGUGGAUGAGUUUCUCCAGAGGAUGGGAGAGCUCUUUGAGUGUGUACUCUUCACAGCCAGUCUAGCCAAGUAUGCGGAUCCAGUAGCAGACUUGUUGGAUCGCUGGGGUGUGUUCAGGGCAAGACUCUUCAGAGAAUCCUGUGUUUUCCACAGAGGAAAUUAUGUGAAGGAUCUGAGUCGACUGGGAAGAGAGCUGAGUAAAGUUAUUAUAGUGGAUAACUCUCCUGCGUCUUACAUCUUCCAUCCUGAAAAUGCAGUGCCUGUGCAGUCCUGGUUUGAUGACAUGACGGACACAGAGCUGCUAGAUCUUAUUCCUUUCUUUGAAGGACUAAGCAGAGAGGAAGAAGUUUACAGUAUGCUUCACAAACUUUGCAACAGGUAGCCCUUAAAUCUGACUGCUGCUGGUUGAUAGCAGUUGCUACAGACUUUCUCCAUCUCUCACAGCUCUUUCAAACUAAGCUUUGAGGAGGCUGCGCCUGUCAGAAGUGCUACUCUUGAUCUUCCUGUUACACUGUACAUGAAGGACAAUCAUGAGUGAUGCUAGUAAGCCUUCAGAAGCCUGACAUCCUACGGUCACGUGUUCAGACUCCUUUUUUUAAAAAAGAAAAAAAGAAGCUAUUUUAAAUGGGACUCUUUUAAUGACUUUCGUAAGUGGACACGUUUUACUGGAUCAGCUUUUCUUAAAACAUGCCAAAAAAAGAAGCUUGUUGUAUUUCAGCAGUCAAAUUUCUCCCCCUCCCACUAUGCAGACAGUUUCACCCUCUGCUUAGAGCAGUUGACCUGACUCUGAAUUUUUUUCUUACAGAAUGAAGUGCCUUUUUGAAUGUUAUUUUAAGAUAAAAGUUCAUUUUGUAUAAGGUGUAUUUCCAGACAUCUUUUAGUCUUGUAUUGUCUAAACGCUUUAAAAAGGAAAAAGGAAUUUUUUAUAGAGCACUGUAAUAUAUGGUAACAAAGGAAAAAGUUGAAACAAAUAAGCUGGGGUCCUGUCUCCAUGGUGAUGUUAAGUAUUAAUUACAUUUUGUCAUGCUCAGAAGGUUUAGGAGUUUGGGGAGGGGUGAUUUUGGUUACAGGUUUGUGUUACUAUGGUCUUACUCAUUUUGGACACAGUUUGAACAUAUCUGCAGUUGUUUGGGUAUUAGAGUAUGAUAGAAUUGGAAAAAUGUGGUGGGAAAUAGAGCUCAAGCACCUUUGAUGUUAGAUGGAUCAAGUUCUGUUAUCUCUGCUUGCGCACAACUGCCAUGCUUCUCCAAUUUUUUAAAACAUCAUAAUGAGAAACCUAUUGGGGGAGAAGGGAGGGAGAAUCUAUUUAUUGAUCUAAAUUCUUUUGUUACAAAAACCCAUCUGGGUAAGCUGGAUGCGUGCUGAGCUGUUAAGAGUAUUUUUUUCUCUUAAUUGUUGCUACUGUAUACUCGCCAAAUGGAGUUGACCAUCGGCUGUUAUACUGUUCUUUGCCACGGUGCCUGCGCUACAAAAACAUUUGCUGUAAGCUGCAAAUUUGGGCAAUAAAUGAAAUGCAGGUGAUAUACCCCACCCUUAUGUAGUAAACUUGUGGUAUAUGACAUACCAGAUAAUUCAGUUAAAGGUGACCUGCAAAGGACUUUGAAAAAUGCCUUUUGCUCCUUUAUGCACCAUAAAGAAGCAAAACGGAGGUAUGAGCCCAAUUUAUUUUAAAGUGGGGGCUUUUUUUUUUCCCCUGCUUGUGUUUUUCCUUAGAAAUGUCAGGAAUGUUAACUGAUCUUUCCUGGUUUUUGCUGAACACUUGUUGAGAGUCUCAGAUGCAGAUUGGGAGCCAUAUCACCCCUGCUGGAGGUGUGUUUAACUCAGAAUUCCUUUCUCUAACGUACUCUUUAGGCUUUGGAGUUAAAUAGGUGUUAACUUAGAAUGUUAAAAACAAUAUAAAAAUCUCACUAAAAAUCCUGUCUUCUCAGUUCACUUGGUUUUCAUUCAUUUGUGAUGUCAUAAUUACACUAGUUCUUCAUCCAGGGUAGACAAGACCUGAAUUUCUGAUGUUAAAAACACGUGUAACUUUUGUUUUUAAGCCUUUUGAAGCAAAAAGGCACAGCCCUUUUUUUUUUCCUUUCCUGGGUCACCUUUUAACCAUUUUUGCACCAGUAGAAAUCUAGUCCUACAAAUUAGCCAUAUUUGGCAGGCAUCAAGCAAAGUUAAACUAAUAAUUUGGUGCUUUAAUUAGCCUACUGUCAAAUGCCGCAGGGUAGAUACAAGUUGCCUUUUUACAGGUAUGACCAAUAGGAAUUACAAGAAGCUGACCUAGAUUGUCAUCCUUGGCUAAAACAUUUACUAAGCAGCUUAAUAAAUUGAUUCCUAAAAGGGUGGGCCAGCCUGCCCAGGCCUGGAAUAGAUUAUCACAGGGGCAGUAUAAGACUGAGAGAGGACUUGUCUCUUGGCAGUGCAGCUUUGCGCUGUGUUCACAGUGAGGGUGUUCUAAGCAGUACCAUGACAUUUGAGUCUGUACAGCAUCACUUUUUUGUUCUCUUACCAGUUGUCAUUACCUUAGUACUGUAUGUUUCUAUGCCAGAACUAAAUUCUGACCAUUUAAAAAAAAAAAAUCUAGAUGGUUUAAAAGGACGUAUGGAUUCUGGUUAGUCCAUUAAAUUUGCCUUCAAUUUAAGAUCUUUCGUUUUGUUUUUGAAUACAGAGUAAUGAAACCGUAAACUGCCAAAAAGUUGUUCUCUGAGCAGUAUUUUUAACUGUAUUUGUGACCUCUGUGCCUCAGAUACAGUCUGCAGGGAAGUAUUCAGGUUGUAGUUUAUUGUGCAGGUGUGAUGAGAAUGGCUGAAAAAAAUUCAAAGAUUUUCACACAAGUAUUAGACCAAACAGUCUUACCAAUUAGACAGUGAAUAACCCCUUCAUGAGACAUUACCCCAUUUAGACAGUUGUGAUCUGUUGUAGAUAAGACAAACCAUGUCAUUAGCUGUUCACAUUUAUAAAAGCAGUGAUUUCAUGAACCCAGUUGCCUUAAAUGUCUGUGAAUGAAUGUUGAUAUUAAAGUGACUUGUAUUGUUUUGAAAUCAACAUGUAAUGGACAACUGAACUUCUGUUCCCACAUCUGAAACCAUUUUAAUGACUAAUACUAUACAAUCACUGUCUUUGUGUUGUUUCUGUACAGUUUUAAUGCUGUUUGAGCUUUUGUAAUCCACAAAGUUCCAGAAAAAAUUUGGCUUCAUAAUUUCAACUGAUAAAGCAUACAAAAUAACACGCAGCUCUCAAAAAUGACAGAAUCAGGGGUAUAACAUAGUAAUAUUUCUGAACCAUGCUAAUAUUGUAAGUGCAUUUUAUAUAUGAUUUUUGUUUGAGUUCUAAUCAUGGUAAAUUUCACUCUAGAAUGUGAGAAUAUUUUUGGAUAAUACCCAAUUCCUUCUGACAUCAAAUGGGGUGGUUGUUUAAGAUCAAGUUUUGGGUUUCCUAAGUGUUUGGAUUUUUUAUAGUAUGUGAGCAACUAUCAUAUAUACCUUUUUUGCACUUUAUUUUCCCACACUUAAAAAAUCCAGAUUUUUAUAAGCUCUUUUGGUUUAUAUAUAACUAUAUAUAUUUGAAGCACCUAGAUUUUAACAAAGCAAUAUAGUUCUAAACAUAAUGCCAGAAGAAGUAGUAGAAUGUUUGUAAAAAUUGCAAUAUGAUUAUUUUGGUUUUACUUUAAUUAAAUGAGAUUUUGAAAAUCAAAACUGAAAAUCAAAUUAUUUCCCAAAGUUCUUCCAUAUUUACAUGUGCAGUAGUGCAUGCUGCAUCUGGGUCACCAAGACUGUUAUAAACCUUGUCUUUCAAUUAUAAUUCCCAGAUAUUAUCGCAAUACUAUUAAAAAGUCUUUCCCAGGGGAUCAUUCAGUUCAGCUAAAAAAAAUGCUACCUGGCCCGAAGUUCUGUUGUCCUUUCUAUGUUGGAUUAAAAAAAAGGUUAUUUGCCUGCAUAGGGAUAUAUAUAUAUAUUUUUUUUAAUUUAAAAAGUAAGGCAGAGUGCCAUAAAUUCUUGAAAUUCAACUAAAAUGUUAUGAUUAAAUUGCCAUCUGUAAACUAGGGCUGUGCGCAGAAUAUUUGUUAAACACCAGGAAGUUUUGAAUGGAAGAUUUUAGCAAAUGUACAAUACUACUGUAUUCAUUUAGGUAGCUUUGGGAAAAAAGCAAAAACUGUUUCUUGUUUUUACCUUUAAUUUCUUUUUUAAAAACAGUGAAGUUAUACAUGGAAGAAACCCAUCGCCUGAAGAGCUUGGUUAUCAGUGUGUUCAAUCACUUUAUCAUGGCAUGAUUUUGAUUAGAGUGAUUGGGGGACAAUAAAAUAUCUAAAUUACACUCGCUUGUACUGGGGUUGCCGCUUUGAAAUUUCAAUGUAAAAAGUCUGUAGCGAUAUAAUUUACAAACACACACAAUCCUAUGUUUUACAGAAUUUUUUUUUACUAAUAAAACACAGAACCGCACAGCCCUAUUGUAAAAGAAAAAAAUGUUUGUGCCUCUGAUUUCAAAGGUGCUGUGAUGUAUGCCUUUGUGUGGUGAGGAGGGCAGGUAAGACUUGGGUUGGGGAAUUGCUUGAAAUUCUAUAGGCUAACUAUGCAAAAAGAGCUCUUGGUUUUCUGUUCAUAUUUUAUUGUAAAAAUCCAGCUGUCUGGCUUUUUGUUAAAACUCUUCUGGGAACUUCAGAAGAGUAAGCAAUGGACAUAUUGCUUGUUUGUCUAAUAAUGGAGCUGUUUACACUUUAAUGCAAUGAACAAUCCAGCAAUACUUGAGAAACACUACAUAUACAGUGUGAGUGUUUUGGGGCGAGAGAAGUGUUGUCAAUCAGGUAUUGAAUGGUUUCUUUACUGUCACAAAUAAAAGU